CUAGCCGUCAUGGGAGCAGAUCGUUUGAUAGAAAUCCCUCGGGAAGAUUGGGAAGAGUGGCGUGAUUUGUACAAACAGGAUUGGCCCCGCCAUGAGCGAGCAUAUAAUUUGGUGCAAAACUACAUCGAAUGGUCGAAGCACGAUCGUAAAAUUAAGGAUCUAGCACUGUACAGUCUCAAUGGCAGCUGGCGGGAGAAUGGGACGUUUGUCGUAACCGAUCGGAUAGAUUUGUACAUGCACACGCUUGACGAAUCAUUGGACACGCUGCGCCGCGCACUGGAACUAGUUGACUGGGACUACUACUAUGUGGCUUUGAUGUGCGAAUAUGAAACGCUGCUCUUCGACACCUUCAAAAAGCUAAACGUCCGUGUGUUUGUGGCACGCCCCAAUGUAAUGUAUUUUAUGCCAAAGGAGGAAGCUUUAAAGCUGAGUGUUACAAUACCGGAAGGUUUGCGGGUUGGGCCACUGCAGCCACAGCAUGCUAAAAUUAUAAAUGACCUGUGGCCUCACCGUGAAACGGGUUCGGAGUUUUCCCUGGAGCGAUUAAUCCGUUGGAACCCUUCGAUGGGUUUGUUCGGCGAGCAAGGAAAUUUGCUUGGAUGGUGUCUGUUCACGCAAAGUGGUGUUCUCGGCUCGUUAGGUGUAAUCGAACAACGAAAAGGAUACGGCAGGAUUGUAGUGAUAGAGUUCGCCAAACGGUUGGCAGAAAUGGGCCAUAACUUGUAUGCGAGUGUUCUGGUGGAAAACGAACCAUCGAAAGCAUUGUUUACAAGCAUCGGAUUUAAACCGAUCAAGAACGUAAACUGGAUCCGAAACUGUGAGCGCAAAUUCGUCGAGUGGAGCUGUGGAGCAAAGCUCGAAUUCAAUUAG